AGACACACAUGCCCACACACACAAUGAAACAGUCAUUAGCUACACUCAGCCUGACAGAAACAGAAACACGCGGAACUGGUCGCACUUCUUACAUCUAUAACCCAUUCCUAUUAAACUAUCAGGAUCUUUUGGCAGAAAAUUAUCAGCAUGACCAUGAACACAGGGUCCCUGUCCUGUCAGAUGUACAGAACUGGGAGUUUUUUAAAGCUGGUAGAUGCAUUUGCGUCAGAGCUUGAUCAGCUGGAGCAGGAGAUGAUUGAUGAAGCUUUACAGAAAAGCAACACAGAGCCUGAAGAAUCUCUGAUACUGGAGGUGGAGGGAGAGGUGAAUGGUGUUUAUCUGCAGUUUCCUUUGAUUGAAAGGUCUUCUGUAAGCAGAAACAUGAGUGUGCUGGACCGACUCACUCUCACACACCCCAUCUGGCUACUUCUGUCUAUUACAGAGCAAGAAGCCACACAGAUCCUACUGAAACAACCAGCAGGGGUGUUUUUGGUGUGGAGAUCUUCUGAACUCCAGAGAAAAGUGCUGUCGCUGCGUGUGGACAGUUCACCAGGACCCCCCAUCAUCCAGUACCCUGUGAAGGAGAGCCUGUACACAUUCUCACUGGAAGACGCAGGAAUCAGCUUUGCAGAUCUUUUCCAUCUUGUGGCAUUUUACUGCAUCAGCAGAGAUGUUCUGCCGCUCACCCUGAAGCUCCCAGAAUCCAUCAGCUCAGCCAAAACACCUACAGAAUUGAAGACAUUGGCCAGACUGGGAGCAGGAUUCUGGGACUCUGGAACUCAUUCUUGUUCACUGGUUCAGAACAAAUUCUUCAGCUCCCUGCACUGUGAGCAAUUGGUAACAAGGACACAUAGUCAUAACCUCUCGGGAUGCAGAGAUUUACCCAGUCAGGAGUGUAGUCCGCCUGAGCUGAGUCGUGCCUGCUCUGGAGGAGAGCAUAAGGACUGUAGUGGCUCCAGAGAAGCACUGUCGUUCUUCAAUCCACUUUUUCUUCAGACGCAUCAACGACUUGCGUGGAAAACCACCACCACCACCACCACCACAAGCACAGACUCUUGCAAAGACAUCCUCAAGCCAAAGUCUGAAGAGGCUCUCAGCAAAUCCCGGCCCGUUCCUCCACCCAGGCCUCCACCACCUCACUUACCUCCUGCUUACCCCCUACCUCAGAAGAGAAUGCCUAUGAUAGCUACAUCAGCCAAAAGCAGUCUGAGCACCGUGCCAAGACUCGAAAUCACAGGCUGUAUGGUUUCUAAGCACAAAACUUCAAAAAAGCUCCACGUGCCACAAAAUCAGCAAGAUAUUAUUGAUAAUCAUCGCUGUAGCUUUGCACUAGAUGAGACAAACAUAGCCAGAGCCUUGUCCCAAUACAAACAGUCCUCCAAGGCACCUUCCAGGUGUACAAGUGACAUAUCUAAAAGUCAGGAUGGUAAAAAACAGCCAAGACAUGGACUUAGUGACAGCUCCUCAUCUUCAUCAGACUCUUUGGAUGCCCUUCCAUACCCACACCAAUCAACUCGUCCACUUAGCCCCACACAAGGCCUCUCCACAGCCAACAGCAGUGAUGAGGAAGAGGAGGACGACUAUGGAACAGGACUACAAAGGCGCCUUCAACUGCGGCUGCAAGCCUCUCAACACUCCAAGAAGAUUCUGGCGGUUGGAUCAGAAGAGUCUCAUCAAAGAUCGCUCCUGAUCAUGCCACGUGCACUAAAGGGACGCUUCCGUAAGGUCAGGGGAAUCCUGGGUGUGCUGGCAACACCAGAAAGGCGAGCCAUACGCCACAUCAUCGAAAUGUCCCGAGACAAAAGCUCUUAUUUUGGCAACCUGGUACAGGACUAUAUGAGCUUUGUGCAGGAGAAUCAUAGCUGUCAUAGAUCAAGCCUGGACCUGCUGCAGACCAUCCGACAGUUCAUGACGCAGAUGAAGGCCUACUUAACACAGAGCUCUGAGAUGAAUCCUCCUGUUCAGUCCCUGAUACCCGAGGAACAGAUCGAUGCAGUGCUGGAACGAGCCAUGCAUAAAUGUGUGUUGAAGCCUCUGCAUGGCUCACUGGAUGCUGCUCUGCAUGAGUUCCAGGUCAGCAAUGGAGAAUGGCAACGUCUGCAGGAGAACUUGACAUUGGCAAGAGCCAAGAAACCAAGAGAGCUGGGAGUAAAUGGAGCUCAGCCUCCAGAUCAUCAUGCCAUUAAGAAGAUCCGACGUAAACUCCAUUCCAUGUGUAAAAUGUAUUCACCAGAGAGGAAAGUCAUGGCACUGUUGCACAUAUGCAAGCUCGUCUACACCAUAAUGCUGAAUCACUCAGGACGUACGUUUGGAGCUGAUGAAUUCCUGCCCAUGCUGACCUAUGUGCUGGUUCAGUGUGACAUGCCUCAGCUGGACACUGAGGUGCAAUACAUGAUGGAGCUACUAGACCCCUCUCUAUUGCAUGGAGAAGGUGGAUACUAUCUUACCACUGCAUAUGGAGCCAUGUCUCUGAUCAAGAAUUACAAAGAAGAACAGGCUGCCUGUUUUCUCCGUUCCACAACUCGCAACACACUGCACCAGUGGCACCAGCGACGCACCACCCAGAAAAACCUUCCCUCUGUAGAAGACUUCCAGAAUUAUCUACGAGUGGCUCUACAAGAAGCUGACAGUGGCUGCACAGCUAAAACUCUGCAAGUGCGCCCCUCUACCACAACUGAGGAGGUCUGCCGCCUCUGUGCUCACAAAUUCCACUUGAUUGAUCCAGAAAACUAUGGUCUGUUUCUGCUCACGGACGACAGCAGCCAGCAACUGGCCCCGGACACGUACCCUCAGUGGAUCAAAGCUGAAUUCCACAGCCAGACACACACUCGUCCCUUCUAUUUCGUCUAUCGGAGACUUCCAAAUGUUAAUGACUCUGUUCUAUAAUAGCAUCUCAACAGCAGCCGCCCUGUGCAGACUGUGCUAGUUGCUGUAUUUUAAGGGAAUAAUAUAUAUAAUUCAGUUGUAUUAGAAAACAAGCCUCUAUUCAUUUCCUAUAGACAAGAUCUGUGUUGUGGUAAGACUAAAGGUGAGAGUAAACACAGCAAGAUUAUCUCAGAUAGAUUUUAAUGAAUUAGAUACUGUAUGUCCCAGACUAAACUAAAGCUGUUAAAAUAGCCUUGAUUUCGAGUUUGAAUUCUGUUUUAUUGAAUUCAGGCACAAUGCUGCUUUAAUAUAAGCGAAAAAAAGAAAAAUAUAUAUUUUUCAAAAGAC